GAGCACCGUUGGGGACCUCGGGAGAAAGAGAGAGAGGCCAUUGAUUUGGGUUUAAAAUUUGGAUAGAGACUGGUUUUGAAAUUAGCCUACUUAAAGGAAGAUUGAACCUGGACAUGUUGGUUCAAUGAAAGUAAACCGUAUACGAGAGAGAAAAAAUGCCGUAAAUGUUCAUCACAAAGGGCGAGGAACCGCGGACAAGACCGAAGGGACAAUUGUCCUCAGCCAGCUACGACUUUGUCGCUUCCAGAGAACCCCCACACACCAAAGAGAUAGCUCACAUUUGGACUCUUCAUUGGAACAAGUGGAAAGAUUGAACCACUGCGACCCUUGGAUGUGAAUUUAAAUUUUCUUUGGGAUUGUAUUCCGUUUGUAUUCGGGUCACCAAAGCAAAGCGUCGCGGCAAAGCGUUUAACUGUCUCUUGCCCCUCAGGGUGAUGAAUGUCCGUAUUCACACGCGCAGCGGGGCUUCCAAAGAAGAACAGAUGCAGAAACUGAGAUUGGGAUGCGUCUCAGUGCCUUUGUAAAGCAUGGCCCUAUAUGUUUUUCAGUUAGAAAAGAGAUACUGUUUGUGAAGAGGAAUCACAUUACGUUGUAGUCUAUUCUUCGCCUAAUUUGGACUAAAGGAAUUAAAGUGAAUCAAGGAAAGCCUUGCUGGAUACGCCUGAACUACUCAUAGGCUACUCGGAUAGUUCUUUUGUGUGGAGGGAUUUGCAAAACACUCGCCUAUUUUAGGAUAUUCGAAAAGAAAGGUCUGCGCCCCCCACACCCCACCCUCCUCCCCCACCCAGCCCGGCCUCCAAGAUAGAUUCCCUCAGGAGCAAGGUUGACCUGCUGCGGCUGCCCCUGGCCCUCUCCUCCAAGUCCAUCAGCCACCGCAAGAGCCAGCUGGGCCCCGCCGCGGGGGGAGGAGUAGGGGCCCGCAAACCCCGCCCGCCGCCCGCCUCCGACAUGGACAACGAGUCGCAGUACUCGGGCUACUCCUACAAGUCGUCCCGCAGCUCACGCAAGCACAGGGAGAGGAGGGACAGGCACCGGUCGAAGAGCCGGGACAGCAGCGUCCGGGGGGACAAGUCUGUGACCAUCCAGGCCCCUGGAGAACCGCUCCUGGACGGCGAGUCGACCAGAGGAGAUGACAGGGAUGACAACUGGGGCGAGACCACCACCGUGGUCACGGGCACCUCGGAGCACAGCGUCUCCAACGAGGACCUGACGCGCGUCUCCAAGGAGCUGGAUGAGUCCUCCCCUCUGGAGUGCCGGCGCUUCCUCGGCCCUUCCCUGGGCGCCGUGCUGGGCCUCUUUGCCCUGGUCACCCCCCUGGCCUUCCUGGCCCUCCCCCAGCUGCUGUGGCGGGACGCCCUGGACCCGUGCGGCACGCCCUGCGAGGGCCUCUACGUCUCCCUGGCCUUCAAGCUCCUCGUCCUCCUCAUCUCCACCUGGGCGCUGUUCCUGCGCCCGCCGCGCGCCUCGCUGCCCCGCUUCUUCAUCUUCCGCUGCCUGCUGCUGGCCCUCGUCUUCCUCUUCGUGGCGUCCUAUUGGCUGUUCUACGGCGUGCGCGUGCUGGAGCCCCAGGAGAGGGACUACCGGGGCAUCGUGGGCUACGCCGCGUCGCUGGUGGACUCGCUGCUCUUCAUCCAGUACCUGGCGCUGGUGCUGCUGGAGGUGCGCCACCUGCAGCCCGCCUUCUGCCUCAAGGUGGUGCGCUCCACCGACGGGGCCAGCCGCUUCUACAACGUGGGCCACCUCAGCAUCCAAAGGGCAGCCGUGUGGAUCCUGGACCAGUACUACAGUGACUUCCCCGUCUACAACCCGGCACUGCUCAACCUGCCCAAGUCCAUCCUCUCCAAGAAGAUGUCUGGGUUCAAGGUCUACAACCUGGGAGAAGAUAACAGCACCAACAACUCCACCGGCCAGUCCAGGGCCAUGAUGGCCGCCGCGGCGAGGCGACGAGACAACUCCCACAACGAGUACUACUACGAGGAGGCUGAGAUGGACCGCCGGCUACGCAAGCGCAAGGCCAGGCUGGUGGUGGCGGUGGAGGAGGCCUUCACCCACAUCAAGCGCCUCCAGGAGGACGAGCCGGCCGCCUCGUCUCCUAAGCACCCCCGGGAGGUGAUGGACCCCAGGGAAGCGGCCCAGGCCAUCUUCGCCCCCAUGGCCCGGGCCAUGCAGAAGUACCUGCGCACCACCCGCCAGCAGCCCUACCACAGUAUGGAGAGCAUCAUCAACCACCUGCAGUUCUGCAUCACGCACAACAUGACCCCCAAGGCGUUUCUGGAGCGUUACCUGAGCCCAGGGCCGACCCUGCAGUACCAGAAAGAGAACGGCAGGGGGCGCCAGUGGACGCUGGUGAGCGAGGAGCCCGUGACGUCGUCGCUGCGCCAGGGCCUCGUCUUCUCCCUGCGCCGCCUCGACUUCUCCCUGGUCGUCACGGUGACGCCCCUCCCCUUCCUGCGCCUGGGGGAGGAGUUCAUCGACCCCAAAAGCCACAAGUUUGUCAUGAGGCUCCAGUCGGAAACGUCCGUCUAGCAAAGGGGGAGGGGAAGAAACGCAGCAAAGAAAGAGAGAGAUCGAGUAUGAUCAGGAGACAGAGAGAGAGAGAGAGA